AUGGGGAAGGCGGAGGCGAGGUCAAGGGGGCGCGGCGGCGGAGGCGGUGGUGGUGGUGGUGGAGGCGGCGGCAGCAGCAGCGGCGGCGGCAGCGGCAAUCCGGGGAAAAUCUUCGUUGGAGGGCUCCCGCGGGACACCACUGAUGCUACAUUUGUCAGGCAUUUUGGACAAUAUGGAGAAAUAGUUGAUUCAGUGAUAAUGAAGGAUAGGUACACAUCUCAGCCAAGGGGUUUUGGCUUCAUUACAUACUCUAACCCUGCUGUUGUUGAUAAAGUGAUAGAGGACAAGCAUGUUAUCAAUGGAAAGCAAGUUGAGAUUAAGAGAACCAUACCAAAAGGUUCUGUGCAGUCUAGCUCCAAGGAUUUCAAGACUAAAAAGAUAUUUGUUGGUGGGCUUCCCUCAACACUAACAGACGACGAUUUCAAGAGUUUCUUUGCAAGAUAUGGGACUGUGGUAGACCACCAGAUUAUGUUUGAUCAUGAGACCAAACGUUCUCGAGGCUUUGGAUUUAUAGUUUUUGCUUCUGAGCAAGUUGUAGAUGAUUUGUUAGCAAAUGGAAAUAUGAUUGACCUUGCUGGUUCAAAGGUGGAGAUCAAGAAAGCAGAACCAAAGAAAUCCUCCAAUCCACCACCACCACCAGUGCAUGGUAGAAAUGCUAGGUCAGCAUAUGAUAGUGGCUCUAGGGACCACCCAUCUGCUGACAACUAUGAUGGAAUGGCCAGUGCUUAUGGAAAUUACAGGGGUGGUGGAUUUGGUCCUUAUAGGAGCGACGCAGGUUUCGGUGCUAGGCUCGGCAACUAUGGUGGGAUAGGUGAUUUUGGUGGUGCAUAUGGUCGUUACUAUGCAGGAUUAGGGGGCUACGGAGCCGCGUCUUCGUUUGGUUAUCCCGGUCGCUUUGGGUUAUAUGGAGGAGGUUUUGGUGGAGCUUAUGCUGCUGGUGACUUAAGUGCCUAUAGACGCGGUGGUGCUGAUGAGAGCUUCAGUGCCCCUGGUAAUUCUGGGUUUGGUGGUUAUGCUGAUGAGAGCUUUGGUGGCCCUGGUAGUUCUGGCUUUAGUGGCACCGCCUACGGUGGGGCAUAUGAUCCUACGCUAGGUGGUUAUGGAUCUGCUAGCACACCUGACACGAAUAGGGGAAGCUUCACUGGUGGAUAUGGACGAUAUCACCCGUAUGGAUGA